GCAUACAUGUUUUACAGGAUGAAGCUAAUUAUAUCGCUUAUGUGAAGGAGCCAUAGUUGCUUUGACAACAGCUUUGUGAAAACAUCAGUUUCAGAUUAUCCAUUUACUGAGGAUUAACAUAGAGCGAAGAAGAUACAAUUUUAAAUAACUGAAGUCAGGCUGCCAGUGAAGAUGUCGCUCUCUAAACGGGAAUUGGAUGAGCUGAAGCCAUGGAUCGAGAAGACAGUGAAGCGAGUCCUGGGUUUCUCAGAACCCACUGUGGUCACUGCAGCCUUGAACUGCGUUGGGAAGGGAAUGGACAAAAAGAAAGCAGCUGACCAUCUAAAGCCUUUUCUUGAUGAUUCCACUCUACGGUUUGUUGACAAGCUCUUUGAAGCUGUAGAGGAAGGACGAAGCUCCAGGCACUCAAAAUCCAACAGUGACCGAAACCGAAAAAGAGAAUUGAAGGAUGUGUUUGGUGAUGACUCUGAGAUCUCCAAGGAGUCUUCCGGCGUGAAGAAGCGGCGUAUUCCACGCUUUGAGGAAGUAGAGGAGGAGCCGGAGGUGAUUCCAGGCCCACCUUCAGAGAGUCCUGGAAUGCUGACCAAGCUACAGAUCAAACAGAUGAUGGAAGCAGCAACACGUCAGAUUGAGGAGAGGAAAAAGCAACUGAGUUUCAUCAGUCCUCCUGCACCCCAGCCCAAAACUCCCUCUUCGUCCCAGCCAGAGCGUCUCCCCAUCGGCAAUACCAUUCAGCCCUCUCAGGCAGCCACGUUCAUGAAUGAUGCGAUUGAGAAAGCCAGGAAGGCGGCUGAGCUACAGGCCCGAAUCCAGGCUCAGCUGGCUUUGAAACCAGGGCUCAUUGGCAAUGCCAACAUGGUGGGGUUGGCAAAUCUGCAUGCAAUGGGAAUUGCACCUCCGAAAGUAGAGCUCAAGGACCAGACAAAGCCUACCCCGUUGAUCCUGGAUGAACAAGGCCGAACUGUUGAUGCAACUGGUAAAGAGAUUGAGUUGACUCACCGUAUGCCGACCCUAAAAGCGAACAUCCGGGCUGUGAAGAGGGAGCAGUUUAAACAGCAGCUCAAAGAAAAGCCUUCUGAAGAUAUGGAAUCCAACACUUACUUUGAUCCCCGGGUCUCCAUAGCCUCAUCCCAACGUCAGAAACGCACCUUUAAAUUUCAUGAAAAAGGCAAAUUUGAAAAAAUUGCACAGAGGUUACGAACAAAGGCUCAACUAGAAAAGCUGCAGGCUGAGAUCUCCCAGGCUGCCAGAAAGACCGGGAUCCACACCUCUACCAAAUUAGCUCUUAUCACUCCCAAAAAGGAGCUGAAAGAAGGGGAGAUCCCUGAGAUAGAGUGGUGGGAUUCGUAUAUCAUCCCGAAUGGCUUUGAUCCAACUUCUGGAAUCUCCUCUAAACGAGAUGACUACUUUGGGAUCACAAAUCUUGUGGAACACCCAGCACAGCUAAACCCACCAGUGGACAGUGACACACCAGUGACUCUGGGCGUUUACUUAACUAAAAAAGAGCAGAAGAAGUUACGGCGUCAGACUCGGAGAGAAGCACAGAAGGAACUGCAAGAGAAAGUCCGACUGGGCCUAAUGCCGCCUCCAGAACCAAAAGUAAGAAUUUCUAACCUGAUGCGAGUACUGGGGACAGAAGCUGUUCAGGACCCCACAAAAGUGGAAGCUCACGUUAGAGCGCAGAUGGCAAAGAGACAGAAAGCUCAUGAAGAGGCAAAUGCUGCACGAAAACUAACAGCAGAACAGAGAAAAGCAAAGAAGGUUAAAAAACUGAAAGAAGAUAUUUCACAGGGAGUGCAUAUAGCUGUGUACAGAGUCAGAAAUCUAGGCAACCCAGCAAAAAAAUUCAAAAUUGAAGCAAAUGCUGGGCAGCUGUACUUAACAGGAGUGGUGGUUUUACACAAAGAUGUCAACGUGGUGGUGGUAGAAGGAGGUCCAAAAGCACAGAAGAAAUUUAAACGUCUUAUGCUCCAUCGAAUAAAAUGGGAUGAACAGACAUCAAACACAAAGGGAGAUGAUGAUGAUGAAUCUGACGAGGAGUCUGUUAAGAAGACAAACAAAUGCUCUCUGGUGUGGGAGGGUACAGCGAAGGAUCGCAGCUUUGGUGAAAUGAAAUUUAAGCAGUGCCCCACUGAAAACAUGGCACGGGAGCACUUUAAAAAACACGGAGCUGAGCAUUACUGGGACUUGGCUCUGAGCGAAUCCGUGUUGGAAUCCACGGACUGAGGGUACUGCUGCCCCCAGCGCAUUGUUAACUUGAGAACAAUACCUGGCUGAAAACUUGGACAGAAUUCCCUUCCUCCCCUCAAAUACCCACAGUUUGAUGCAUAUGAUUAAAGAAAUAUUUUUAAAACAGUCA